CAUGCGCGCUCUGGGUGUGCGGAGCGGGGCGUUGCCGCUCCGUGUCCCCCCAUAACAACCGCUUCCUCCGCCGGACACGGCGCCCGUGACGUCGGCAGCGUUUCCGCUCGCCUCGCGCCCGACCCGCUUCCCUUCCUGCCCUUCCUGCCGCCGGAGCCCGCGCCGCGCUCAGAGCAGAGGGAAGCAGCAGCCGCCGCUCCGCAGACACCAUGGCAUCUGGAGUACAAGUUGCCGAUGAAGUAUGCCGUAUCUUCUACGACAUGAAAGUGCGGAAAUGCUCUACGCCUGAGGAGGUGAAGAAGAGGAAGAAGGCCGUCAUCUUCUGCCUCAGUCCAGACAAAAAGUGCAUUAUCGUGGAAGAAGGCAAAGAGAUUCUAGUGGGAGACGUUGGUGUGACGGUUACUGACCCUUUCAAGCACUUUGUGCAGAUGCUUCCCGAGAAGGAUUGCCGUUAUGCCUUGUAUGAUGCGAGUUUCGAGACCAAGGAAUCCAAAAAAGAAGAGCUGAUGUUCUUCUUGUGGGCACCAGAACAAGCACCUCUCAAAAGUAAGAUGAUCUAUGCAAGCUCCAAGGAUGCAAUCAAAAAGAAGUUCCAAGGCAUAAAGCAUGAAUGCCAAGCAAAUGGGCCAGAGGACCUCAAUCGAGCUUGUAUUGCUGAGAAGCUAGGAGGCUCCCUAGUCGUAGCUUUUGAAGGAAGUCCCGUGUAGAUGUCAUACAGUGCCACAACUCUACAAGCAUUCCAUGUUUUAAUAUAUCAGUCAUGUAAAGCAACCAUUCUAGGCAAGGGUUUCACUAACUGUAGGGAAGCUGUCUUGUAGAAUAAAGUAGAUUUUGGAGAUGUAGCUCGUAUGUAAAAAAUGACCUUAAAUAAAUCAAAUUAAGGAUUUAUCUUGGUGUAUGAA